UGUGGUACCUGCCAGGUGGAAGUGACUGCUGCCUUAUUAUUGGCUGAGAGGACUUAAAUGGGAGUGAUGUGGGCCCCUCCUACUUGCCUGCCCACUCAAAAGCAUUAGUAGAAGCAGCUGAGAAGUAAAACGAGAAGGAAAUGCUCAAGUAGUGUGGAACUGACUGGGGCGUAAAACAGCAGCUCGUUGCAGAACAACGUGUUUUCGUAGAUAGACGAUCAUCAGGUGAUUUUGCAAGAAAGAUGGCUUCCGUUGUCCCGUUUAACCGCAAGCAGUGGGCAUCCCAGUCACUGAGGGUCACUGCCAAGGAGCUGUCAAUCGUCUCUUCUAGGGGUAAAAACAACGCCAUCGCAGAGCGCUUCUCCAAGUACCAGAUGGCAGCAGAAGAGGGCAGCGCAGAGAGAAAGAAAGCGGUGGAAGAACCAUUACCCUCAUCCCUGCGCAGUGGGAAUCUGAGUGUUUUAAAGAAACAGUGGGAGCAGCACCAGCAGCAACCGCUUAGUGUUGGUACCACGCCCUGCACCGGCACCAUCCACGAAACCCCCCUCAGUCAAACGGGUGCCAAACUGAAACCCAUUCAACAGACUGAGACACCACUCGACACCCUAAAAACCAACAAGCUGCUUAAGGAGGACCAAGAUACUGAGUCCGAGGCACGAGCUGAUCAAGCCGAGGAGCAGACAGACAUGGAGGCCAAAGGCAGCAGAGAAUCUAAAGAGCAAGAAGGGGCAGCAGCAGAAGUGCAGGAUUUGGAAAGGCCCAGCGUUCCCCUCAACAACCUGAAGAUGAUAUUUGAGAAGGGGGAAGUGGACAAGGAGUCCAAGGAGCACUCAAGUCAGGGAAACGGUGCUAAUACAACCAACAUGGACCAGCUUCUUGGAGAUGGAACUCUUGCAGAGUCGACCCCUCUCCGGGAUAGGAUGGCACUCUACCAAGCCGCCAUCUCCAAACAGGACAUCAGUCCCACAUCAGUCAGUACUGAUCUGCAGGACACUUUGUGCAGCAAACAGAAGGAGAAUGUCCCACCAUUCUCCUUGGAUAUGAGUUCAGACACUGAGUCAAACGGCAGAAAAAGUUUUAGUGCAGAGAGCAAUGGUUCUGGUCCUGGCAAUGCUGUGUGUUCUCUGGCCAAAACUCCAAGGAAUUUCCGUCUGCCGGUGAGGGAGACCUGCGUGUCCUGUCAGAAGACAGUCUAUCCUCUGGAGAGGCUUGUGGCCAAUCAACAGAUUUUUCACAGCGCCUGCUUCCGCUGCUGCCACUGCAACACCAAACUCAGUUUGGUCAAUUACGCCUCCCUGCACAACAAUGUGUACUGCAAGCCGCACUUCUGCCAGCUCUUCAAGGCCAAGGGCAACUAUGAUGAGGGCUUUGGCCACCGGCCCCACAAGGAGCUGUGGGAGAGCAAAGGUGAGGGCGGGGAGAUCACAUCACCGCAGGCCAACGCUUACACCAAAACCCCCUCCCCUGGCUCUGAGCUGGAGAGCCCCAGCGUGGAGGACUCCCCACUGGCCAAGGUCAACGUCCUGACUGCCACCAUGGAGGCUUUGGGACAAGGAUCCCCAGAGAAGACAGACAGACCCACUGAGACACGCAGGCUGAAAAUCUCCUGGCCACCACAACCGGAAGGUGACACUGGCCAUAAUGGAGCUGCAGUGCAUGUUGAUGGGGCCACCAGGCCGAUGCGUGCAAAGUGGCCCCCAGAAGAGGACACCUCCUCCUCACCAUCUGAACAAACUAAAGGAGCUUCCUGCCAGCGGAGGAGCUCCUCCUUGAAGGAGCGUUGCAUGCCCUUUACUGUGGUGGACCAAGCUGAUGCUGUUGAGACCAAGAAAGAUUCUCCACCUGCAGUAGACCAAGUGCAGGCGGAGGCCCAGAGCAUUGUGCUGCAGCAUGGAGGACCUUCACUGGACAACCACACACCUACUGAGGACAGCCUUGAGGACGUGAACAGCACUGGAGAGGAGGGUGACGAAGACAUGACUGAGAAGGAUAUAGAAGACCUGGGAGAAGAAAGUGACGAGAUGGUGGAGAAGGAAGGUGAAGACAUGGUGGAAGAGGAGGGUGAAGACAGGCCACAGCAUCAUCUCCCCUGUCAGGAGACUGAGGUGGCCCCACCUCAUCAACAGCAGGAGGAGGAGGAGGAGGAGGAGGAGGAGCAAAUGGAUGAGGAAGAUGGUGGUUUGGAGGAAGUGACACCUCCUACCAAAAACGAGAUGUCUUCUCCUGAAGAAGAAGAAGAAGAGGAGGAGGAGGCGGCGGCUGGUAGGUCGCUACAGGAUGUGGGCUUCUGGGAAGGGGAGGUGGAGGAGGUUGAGGACAAGGGGGAGCUGGAGGCGCUGACUGUGGAGGAAAUGAUAAAGCAAAAUCGCUUCUAUGACGACGAAGAGGAGGAAGAAGAUUUCUAAAGCUGACUUGCUUGUCCCCUUGUUGCAGUGUUAAGGUCGAACACUACUGAGCUCUUGAACUGUGCCUCUUUUCUACAUUCAAAGCCAUUCCAACAUCAGUUUAACUGUCCUUUGUGUUCCUAUUUAAGCCACCCAUAUAAGAAUGAAUAUUGUUACACACAAAUGCCUAAAGAUAUGAUGUAUUUUACACUUACAGGAAUUGGGGCCUAAAGAUAGCUUAAGAUUACUAUGAGAGCUAAAACAUUUGGGAAAACAUUUUUAAGUAAGUGCUUAGUUUUUAAAUACAAGAGAGUGACUAUUGCCACUCAAUGUGCAGUCACAAAAACAUGCUGUUUAAAUUUUAAACAUUUGACUGAAUGAUCUGAUUUGAAUGUACGUUUUUUUAAACAAGGGUGCAAAUAGCCUUGUUUUACUACUGUUGAAAUAAAUUGUGAAGAACAUGCGUUUGUCUGAGUCACUAAUUGUUGUAAUAACGCUUAACAAAAAAAAGAGUUUUGACUAAAAUAGUGUUGUGAAACAGUGUUUGCCCCCUUCCUGACUUUUGUUUUUGUACGUUUUUCAUACUUAAAUAUUUCAGCUCAUCACACAAAUUGAAAUAUUAGUCAAUGACAAGUGAACACAAAAAGCAGUUUUAAAUGAAAAUGUAUUACAGGAGAAAACACAUCCAAACCUACAUGGCCCUGUGUGAAAGUGAUUGCCCCCUAAACCUAAUAACUGUUUGGGCCACACUUGGCAACAACUGCAAUUAAAUGUUUGUGAUAACUUGCAAUGAGUCUCGUACAGCGCUGUGGAGUUUCUUACAGCAGAAUUCAUGGUUUCAUUUACCACAGCAAGUCUUCCAGGUCCUGAAGCAGCAAUACAGACCAUCACACUACCACCACCAUAUUCUACUUUUGGUAUGACUUUUUCUGAAAUGCGUUACUUUUAUGCCAGAUGUAAUGGGACACACACACCUUCCAGAAAGUUACUUUUGUCUCAUCAGACCACGUUAGACUCCUGAUCAAAAUUUUAAGACCAGUUGAAAAAUUGCUAGAAUUUGCAUUUUGCACAUUUGGAGCUUAAUGAGGUUUUUAGUAGAGCUACAAUAUGCAAAAAACAAGAAGGGGGAGUGAGACAAAGCAUUUUGAAAAAGUAAUUUAUUGAAAACAAACUGAAAUAGGCUGUUUAUCAGCUGAUCAAAAGUAUAAGACCCUCGCUCAAAAAAUAAACUCUCCAAAUCAGAACAAAAAAUGUUCAGUAGGACUCAAUGAGUAGCUCUGUUCUUGUUAAUCAUUUCAAAAAUUGGUUUGGGCAUGCUUGAUGCGAGUGUUUCCAGGAGGCUAGUGGGAACAUUGCUCCAAGUGGUGAAGAUGGCUUCACCAAGGGCAUCAACUGUCUGGAACUGAUGGCCAUUUUUAUAAACUUCCCCUGCCAUCCAUCCCCAAAUGUUCUCUGUACGAUUUAAAUGAGGGGAACAUGCAGGAUGGUCCAAAAGAGUGAUGUUAUUCUCCCUGGAGAAGUCCUUGGCCAAGCGAGCAUUGUGAACUGCAGCGUUGUCCUGUUGAAAAACCCAGCUGUUACCACAGACUGUGACUUGAUGGACAGCCAAUUGGAUCCUGACUUUUUUGUUCCAUAAUGCUCAGGAUCUUUAAAAAAAAAAAUUGAAUGACUGAUUUACUGCACCCAACCUCAGCAGCAAUGGCACGCUGC